AUGGAGCAGCAGAACCCUGGCGAAGAGGGUCGGCGGUGCCCCUACUGCCCCCGCACCUUCCCCUUCCCUAGCUACCUGCAGCGGCACCUCACGCUGCACACGGGGGAGAAGCCCUUCCGAUGUCCCCACUGCGGCCAGCGAUACACCCGCAGGAACUACCUCGCGGAGCACAUCAAGAGGAAGCACACUGGCGAGUUACCCACCGCCCCGGCCCGCCCCCCGCAGCCUGACCCAGCCCAGUACCUCUACACGUGCCUCCGAUCCACCGCCUGUGUGCCGCGCGAUGCUGUGGUGUGUCGGUGCAGGCUGUUCACCAUUCUCCCUCCCUCUCAGGUGGCUGUGGCCGGCAUGGGUUUUGGCGGUGACGCUGUGGCGGUGGGCGGCGCGGGGCUACGGCACCUGCGAGUUGACGGAGGCGAGGGCGAGGACGGGGGCGGCGGCGGCAGCGGGCAGCGGCGGCAGUACACGUGUCCGCUGUGCCCCAAGGCGUUCCUCUUCCCGUCCCACCUGGAGCGCCACGUCCGAACGCACACGGGGGAGCGGACCUUCGCCUGCCCCUACUGCCCCCACCGCGCUGCCCGCAAGGACCACCUGGACGUCCACCUGAGAACACACUCCGGGGAGAAACCCUUCGCCUGCCCCCACUGCGCCUUCCGUACGGCCUUCAGGAGUUCUCUUGACGGCCACCUUCGAACGCACUCCACCUAG